UCAUGGAACUUUCCCCGGCUGUGUUAAAAUAUUCGAAAUACGUGUUCUUCUUACUAUGGGUCCUUAUGGUGCUCUUACUUCUGCACAGAGAUCUGAGUCGUUGGGACGGUCUGAUGGGAGCACUUUCUCACCCGGGACUGGGAGAAAACGGAACAGCCUCCUAUUUAGGUGUGCCCUCCUUGGAAAUCGAUGCGUAUACGCAGGGUUGGCAGCGUUACGCCUACAACUCCUGGUUGGCGGAGAGAAUCUCCCUGUGGCGAACAUUGCCGGACUUACGAGAUCCUCGCUGCCUAAACCUGACAUACGCUGAGGAUGAAAUGAAACCAGUCAGUGUAAUCUUGAUCUUUCGCAACGAACAGCUCGUAGUCCUGCUAAGGACAUUGCACAGUUUGGUGGACAGAACUCCGAAGCACCUUUUCUCCGAACUUAUCAUAUUGAACGAUUACAGUGAUGUGGACUUCUGGAAGGACAAAUUAUCGCUUUCCUUAUUCGACAGCUAUGUGAUCAGGUAUAUUCAUCCAAAAGCGCGAAUAAUGCAUCUUAAAGAACACAUGGGCCUAAUCCAAGCCCGCGUUUUGGCCUCGAAGCAGGCCAAGGCCGAUAACCUGGUUUUCAUCGACGCACAAGUGGAAUUCACCAAGGGCUGGUUGACCCCGUUGCUUAGUACAAUUUCGGAUCAGAGUCUCACCCUGGCCACUCCCAUUCUGGAUGAGCUUGAUGAGCGAAAUCUGGCCUACCAUCGCUCAGUCGAGAUGCGAGGAAUUUUCGAUUGGAGUCUGAGACGACGGGAAGUUCCCCUUCCAGAGCAUGCGAGGAAUCUGCUUCCAAGACCCUACAAUGUGGCUUUGGCGAGAACUUCCGUGUUUGCCAUUCCGGCACAGUGGUUUCAGGAUCUCUCGCAUUUCGAUAGAAAUCUCAGAGGGUCUGGCGCCGCUGAGCUCGAACUAAGUUUUAAGGUCUGGAGAACUGGUGGGCGUAUAGUCCGAGUUCCGUGCUCCAGAGUUGGACAUUUGCAGCCUAAGGAUCAGGACUACCUGAAGCGGUAUGGUAGUCUCCAUUAUAUGGGCAAAGAACUUUUAUGGAACCUCAAACGCAUCGUGGAAAUUUGGAUAGAUGAUCAAGAUCUGAAGUCGAUCAUCUACAAAUACAACCCCGAUCUCGUACAUUUUCCCUUGUACGAUCUAAGUAAAUCUUUUAGAUUAUUCGAAGAUUACGACUGCCAAUCGUUCAAAUCGUUUAUAAAAGAAGUUAUGCCGGAACUAGGAGACAUUACACCCACCAAUCGUUCGUAUUACUCCUCCGGAUUGGUAAAACCUCUGGAAUUUCCCAAAAGCUGCCUUACAAUUCAUUCAGAAAGACAGACCAUUAGUCUGGAGCCCUGCAAAACAAGUUAUACCCUUCAGAUAUGGAGUCUUACCUACCUCCACGAUCUCCGAAUCGCCAAACAAAUCUGCGCCGAGGUGCAACCCGAUUUAAAGUUGGGUUUCGAUUUGUGCCACAUGUUGGGGGGUCGGCAAAGUUGGCACUAUGAUGCACUUCACAACCAUCUGGUAAGCAACACGAAGUGUCUGGAAUUGGGAGGUCAGUUCAACAUGUUUUUGGCUCAGUGCGAUAAAUCGAAUAGAAAACAGAGAUGGAUACUCGACAAUACCAAUAUGAGCGUCAUGCAAUCGGAAAAUAAUUAGGAAUAGAUUAAGUAAUCGCAUUAUUUUCUAACCUAUAUUUAUUAUAAAGAAUAAAAGCUGAUUGUGCUUUAGAAACUAUACAGAUAUACCUCUGCAUACCCGCGACAAAAGAUUCGAAAGUAAUCAGCGAAAAUGUUGCUAAGUUAGAUACAAUAUUUUAUAAACAAUAAGGAACUUGUAAUUUCUGCUUACAUUACAAUUCUUAGUUCACUGUAUUUUAUCCUAUAUCAUUCAUUAAUUCGUCUUAAUAAAAAAAACAGCUUUAAGCGCAAAAAAAUAUGUGAGCUUUCAAUUAAAAAUAUUUGUUGAAGAA